GUUUCGAAAGUGUGUGGGGUGGAAAAAACAUUUGAGAGUUUAUUCCCUGAGCUUGGAUGUGACUGUCAUGAUCUGACGUCCGAGUUGCGACACCUUGGCCUGUUUGUUUUUCAUACGUGUAAGUUACAUUUUAUUAAUGUAAGGACGAUAUGUUUGCGAAGAUUUUAAAUGACGUAAUGGAGAAUCCCACCGUGACAAAUGUCAUGGAAUCAUCAUCAUAUUCGCAGGUCAUCUUCGAUGACAUCCAUCCGUCAUACCCGCCAAAUACUCAAAUAGUGUGUCAUUACAUUGUGACUGCCGGUCUCCAACCUAAUCCAAGAGAUUGGGUGGGAAUUUGCAAGGUGGGAUGGAGCUCCAUGAAGGACUACCACACCUUUGUGUGGGUGGAGCCAUCCCUGGAUGUGGUAGGACAGGAUUCCGUUCGAAAACAAGUGUUAUUUCGUGAAUACUACCUCCCAAAGGAUGAGACGGAGUUCUAUCAGUUCUGCUAUGUUGAUAGCAACGGCAUAGUAAAGGGCGUGAGCACCCCCUUCAGCUUCAAAACAACAGAGCACAUACGUCAGGACUGUAGCCUGGAGGAUGACCUAUUGGUGAUCACAACACAGAUCAAAGUUGAGGAGAGUGAACGGGAGAAAAACGAAUUACUCAAGGAGUUGGAACAAGAGAGAAAACAAAAUGAGAUCUUUAAAGUUGAACUUGAAAAGAAACAGCAAGAAAUUGAACACUUGAAGGUGUCCACCAACGAUUUGGCACAGCAGGUAUUCAAACAAGAGCAGCAACUUCAGAAAAAGGAUGCCACAGAGAAGGAAGAAAUGACUCAAAGCACGACUUCUUUGAACGAGUCACAAAAGCGACAGAAGGUAGGCCUAUGUUUACCUGAUUUUGUCUACAGCAUGGCAUGUGACAUUUAUAAUUUAACAGCUGAUGUUGAUAACAAAUCUCAUCUUAUUUUUUGCUGUGUGAUGAAGGUCAGUCAGCUGAAGCAGGAGAGAGAUGAUCUGAGAAAAGAGGUUGAAGCAAAGAGUGCAGAAAUUGCCCAGCUGAAUCGAAAGGUCAAGGAAUCAGAGCAGGAAUAUAUCAGAACCAAGGACAAUAUUCAGCUCCAGCAGGUAGACUUGCAGAGCAGUGAGAGAGAGAAGGAGAGGCUCCUUGCAGAACUGGACAAACUGCAUGGCCUCACAGAUAACCUUGAGGAGUUGAAGAAAGAGAACCAAAAACUACGAAGGAAUCUAUCAGAGAGGGAAUCUGUGGUGGAGAUGGUGGAUGGAGAUUUGAAUAUCAAAUAUCAGACCCUCCAACGCCAGAAUCAGGAGACUCACACAAAGCUGCUCCAGCAGAUACGGGCUGUCGACAAUGCACAGAGACGGGCCGAGGAUUUAGAAAGGGAGCUUCAGGACACCCUACAUGAUCUGGAGUGCAGGUCCAUGGCAAUGACUCAGGAGAAACAGAAAAGCAGCAAAUUGGAGAUGCAGCUUGCUGAGCUGUACAUCAAUCUUGAAGAAAAGGCAAACAUGGCAGAGAUUACAAAAAAGGAGAAUGAGGAGUUGACGGGCAAAAAUCAGAAACUGAAAAGAGACAUUGAGAAGCUUCAAAGAGAGUUUGCUGGCCUCCAAGCCACCCCUCUUGCUGUCCCUGUAUCCCUGCAACAUUCAAACCCCUCCAGCUCCUCACCUGACCUCACUAACACAGAGGAGCAAGACAGGGAGGGCUCAGACUCACUCCAUUAUGGGAACCCCUAUGAGAUCAUGAUAGGAAGUGCCACAGACCCAGAGGUGGAACUGUCCUUGGAGUGUCGUCACUGUCAGGAGAAGUUCCCUGGCAUCACCCAGGACGAGCUGGAUCAACACGAGCAGAGUCACCGGGUGUGCCCCUUCUGCACCCUCAUCUGUGAUUCCAUGGAGCAGGCUGUGUUUGAAGAUCACGUUUACAACCAUGAGGUGUAGAGAAUGCAGCCCUCUAACCCAAUGCGAAAUGAUAAAUGCACGAUGCUGUACUUGAAGAAGGGAAUUCAUCCAGAUAAUAUCAUCUUUGAAGAUUAUUCUAUAAUGUAGCUAAAUGUCCCACUUAAAUUGUAAUCAAGAUAUUACUUUAUGUACUGAACUUGUAAGGGUAUACUAUAAGGAAAUGAAAUAGAUGUUGGUAGUUUCAGUUAUGCUUAUGUUUUAAUUUGUAUAAAACCAUUCAGUAAAAAUCUGUAAUAAUGGGAUAAUGGCAUCUACAAUGAAGGAAAAGAAAAGUAAGGUGUAACACAGCAUCAAUAAUAUAAUUAUAAGUUUGUCUUUACUUUGAUCUAUAUGAUGUUCACAUAAUCCAUCUUUCAAAGUGACUAAUGGUGAAAGGGUGUGAAAGUAUAAUGGUUGGUUCAUCAAAAUCUAUUUAAUGGCUCAAACAUAAAUCAAUGCAACAAAUAAAGUUAUCUAACAAAUUGGUCUCAUAAUAAUAUAUGUCAUAUUUGUAAAGCUAAUUUACAGUGCUUUACACCAAACUGUUUUUUAAAAUACAGAUAAGGUGAUUUAAUGAUAUAACAUGAAAGUGAAACCCAUGAUAAUCAAUUGAUGCAGAAACAUAACACACUGAAACAACAUGUUGUAUCUGUAAUCCACAGUGACCUGGAAAAGUACUUGCAAUAAACGCACCCUUUUGCAAUGCA